UAAGAAUUUGACAACUUUUUGAAAGUGAAUAUGAAAACAAAAACUAGUGCGGGCAAUAAGUAUUUCAUUCAGUAAAUAUGGUAACAUCUAAUUAAAGAAUUUUAGUUUGAAAAAGUUUUUAUUUGUUUUUGUUUUAAAUCAAGCUGUAGAAUCGAGAGGAUUUUGUUUUUUUCUCUAAGAAACGAUCGGCUAAAUUUGAUUUUGAAAACAUUAAUCCGGCAUGUGAUUUAUUUGUAGUUAGAAAAUAUUUUUCGGUUAUCACAGUUCAUUAUUGUUUUUUUUUUUCUCCAGUUUUUAUUCUCUUGGUAUAUAGAAAAUGUCUGUUUGUACCAUCAGUAAAUUACAGGGUUUGUCGUCGUUAAAAUCCGCGACUUCUAAAUAUUUGUUUUCUGGUUUGUACUCUUGUGCACCAUCCCAUCGUCAGAUCUUUAGUGAAGUUGGCAAUAAUAGAAACUCAUCAGACAUUGUUCAAAAUAGACUUAUUAAGCAUGUAUGUUCAAGAUCUUUUAGUAGUUCUACUUCAACCAAUCAAAAUCAAUUAAAAAUCAAUCAGUUGCAUCAAUCAGAACUGGAAGACUUCAUUGCUGUCCGUGAUGUUGUAUUUAAUGCUUCAAUUGAACAUGACAGCCAGUCACUAACUGAUGUUUCAAAUUGGCAUUUGAAGGUUUUGGACUACAACAUGAAAAGUGGUAAAAGAAACCGUGGAACUGCUGUUGUAAAAGCGUAUAAAGUUCUGUCGAAUAAUGCGACUGCUGAAGGAAUAUUUCAUGCCAGUAUUUUAGGAUGGUGUGUAGAAAUGUUUCAAGCAUUUUUUAUUGUUGCGGAUGAUAUCAUGGAUGAGUCUGUUUUUCGAAGGGGAGAACUCUGUUGGUAUAAAAAACCAGAAGUUGGAAUGAUUGCUUUAAAUGAUAGUUUCCUUUUGCAAUCUGGAGUCUAUAAAGUUUUGAGAAAAUUUUUUGAAGGGAGCAAGUCGUACAAUCAAAUUGUUCAAGAAUUUCUACAGACAAAUGAAAAAACAGUUUAUGGACAAUGCUUGGACAUGCUAAGUAAUCCCCCACAUGGGAAACCACAAUAUGACCUCUUCACUAUGGAAAGAUACAAUGCUAUUGUUGAGUACAAAACAUCAUAUUAUACAUUUUGUUUACCAGUUCACCUUGCUAUGCACCUUAUUGGGGAUAAAACAGCUGAAGAAUUUCAAAUAACUAGAGAUCUAGGUUUGAAACUUGGUCUUCUUUUUCAGAUUCAGGAUGAUUUCUUAGAUUGCUAUGGAGAUCCUGAAAUUACUGGCAAAUUGGGAACUGAUAUUGCUCAAGGGAAAUGCUCAUGGUUUGCAGUUACAUUCUUGGAAACUGCGGAUGAUUCUCUUAAAAAGGAAUGGAUGGAAAAUUAUGGAACUUCAAAUGAAAAGUCAAUUUCACAAGUUAUGAACCUUUAUAAAACUCUGAACAUGCAGGAUAAGUAUAUGAAGUUUGAGCAGGAGCUUUAUUCAGAUAUUAAUGGUUUAAUAAAGGACAAAUUGAACAAUACAUCAAUGCAAGAGCUUUUUUCUUACCUUCUCAAUAAAAUGUACAAACGGAAAAAAUAGUGCCAUGUACUCAGGUAUAUUUGUGUGAAUAUUAUUGAAAAUUACCACCCACAAAGUAUUGUGCUUCUGUUUUCUAUCUAUGUAUCUGACAAAAGAAAAUAAAAGAGUUUAUAGCUCUUUUAUGGAUGCUGCUAAAUAUUGAUUUGACAGUCCACCAAAUUUGGUGGAAAAUGUUGUAUUGUUGGGAUGGUAGUUAUAUAGUUACCUCUUUCAUUUGGGGAAAAUUUAUUUGCAAGAAAAUUUCACUAUCUAAUUUUACAAUCAAUUUAUUAUAAUCAUGAUAUAUAAUUUUAUUUAUAUCAAAUUUACAAUCCUAUUGGCAAUUUGUUUAUUUGUAACAUAUUUUUUAAUAUGUAUAUAAUUUUAUUAAUUACUAUUUUUAUUGUUUUCCCUUCUCUUGAAGCCAAAUUUUCUCAUUCUUUUGGAAGUAACUAGUAAUAUCUUAUUUAUAAGCAAGGCUUAACUUGUUUAGUUUUGGUUUAAUGAUGGUAUGGGACUAUUCGGUUUUAAUUAUUUUUUAUAUAUUCUCUUCUCUUGAAGGUACCUAUUAAUAUUGGAAUUAUAUCCAAUACUUAACUAGUUCAGCCUUAGUUUAAUGAUGGUUUGUGACUUUUCUUUGCUAAUUACUUGUUUAUAUUUUUGUGAGAUUAGAGAGGUGUUUACUUUGUAUUUCGCGAUGCUGUUAAUUGGAUUAUUAGGUCAAAAGCUAUUCAGGAUGUUUCUUUUUGUGCACUGUGCAUAUUAAAUUUGAACUGUAUUUAAAUUUGACCUAGUGGUGGUUCUAAACAAUUUAAUAUAUACCAAUGUUGCAUUUUUGUUGUAGCAUUUUUUAUGGGCUAAGAAUAUCUGUACAAAGCAUGUAUUUUAUUAAAAUCGUUUAAAUUAGAUCAACCAAAGCUUUCAUAUUUUAACUAAAUGAAUUUGAUAUUUUUAAUAAUUUCUUUUUAUUCAUUUUUAAACUCUUGAUCAGAGGUCUUCACAUGUAAACUAGUCUUAAAGCUUUAUAAAUGGACGUGUUUCGGUCACUCUUAGUUGGAUUUCAGAAAGAGGGUGCAAUGUUAAAUCAGUGAAUGAUGUAAGUGAAAAAAAAAACUACCUUUGUAUUUUAUCAGCUUUCAGAAAGUUUUAGUGAUAUAGACCAUCACUUACACUCAAACUUGAUCACAAAAUCCCAGUCACUGCUCCUUAGAAUCAGCACCAGAUUACUGUACUGGUAUAGCUGGUACUGCAUAUGUUUAAGGAAAUUUAUAAUAUUUAACUCAUCAGUAAAAUUGGGAAGUUUUCUAGACAAGUGGUUUAUUAGCAGAGAAUGUUACUGAUCGAAAUAAGAGUCGUGAAACAAAUAUUGUCAUGAAGAUGGUUCUGGUUUCAAUGUGUUGUUUGCCUUAAGUGCCAAUUUAUAUCUUUAAAUGUAUAUAAAAUCAGAAUUGUGCUUUCAGGAUAAUUCUUAAAUUGUAUAUAGGGUUUAUUUUCUUUUACAAAUUUCUAUUUAGUAAUUUGACAAUACUAAAAAAAAUUUUUUUUAAAGACAAAAUUAUAUUUUACUGUUGUUUUCUAUGUAUAUAGGGUUUUUCUCUUACAAGUUGUUAUUAAAUAAUGUGACAAUAAAUUAUUUUUUUUAUAUACAAAGUUGUAUUUUACUAUUGUUUUCUACUACCAAUCCAUUCCACAUUAAUUAUAAAUAUCUUAUUUUUUUAAAGGAGUGCAGGAAGUCAUCAAGUGAUAUUUUUUUCAUGAGCUCCAUUAAUUUUGGUUUCACUGCUUCAGCUGAAUUACAUUUUGCUUUUUUUCUUACCAAAACUUGAAUAAGGUUUUAGGAAAAAUUAUGUGGAGUUGGUAAAUUUAAAAUGGAUACUCUGACACUGGGGUGCUUCUGGUUCAUAAGAUCCAAAAGUGUCAUGACAUACAUAGCUGUGACUCAUUGUUUUCAUGUAUUUUUGAAUGAAAUCAAGUUUUUUUUUAUGAGUGAUCUUUUAUUUCCUUGAAUAGUUCAAUAGUCAUGCAAUCAAUGUUUUGAUUGAUGAACCGGCACUUUGAUUGUAUGAAUAGUUCUUUUGGUUUCUAUUAAUUCUAAGAAUUUUAUAUUUUGAUUCCAUGAAAUUUUUUUGUUUCUGUCAUGAUUCCAUUUUAAUAUGACUAUAUUAUGUCCAUUUUGAUUUCAUUAAUCUUUCAAAAUGAUGUGUAAAAAAUAAAAUCCAUGGUUUGUAUGAAAUCUUUGUACUAUUUCUCAGUAUCUGUAGCAAUCUUAUAAAGUGAAACACAGGAAUCUAAAUUGUCUGUUUCCAAAAAUCUGAUUCAUAAAGAAUAGAAAAGAACAUGAUGUUUACUAAAUUGUUCAUAUCCUGAAAAUAAUAUUUUUUUUAAAUGUAAAGCAAUGGAAGUAACAAAUAAUAUAAUGUACAAAUUUAUUCUAGAAAUCAAAAAGAAAGUCACAUUAUUUAUUAGCAACAUGUUAUUGGUUUUUAAAUUAUUGAUAAAGUAUUUUUUUUGUUGCUUAAUCUUAUUGAUUUUAGUGUUAUUUAAGUUAUAUAAUGAUAUAAAAAAAAAAAGCAUUUUUCUUUAAACCAUGCUUAAUUUAGUUAUUCUACUUAAUAUUUUGUGUUUUUUUUUAUUCCUCUAAUUUUUUAAAUGAGAUUGUAUAUCUCAGAGAAUUGUUUGCUAUUUAUUAUUACACCAUGAAAAUUUUUUGCUUUGAAAAAAAUUUGUGACUAAUCAAACAUUCAAAUAUUAUAUGUGCUUGAAGUAUAUGCUUUAAAAUACAUUAUGUAAGCAAAUCAUGCUUUAAAGUACAUUAUGUAAGCAGUUAAUUAUUUUGCUCAGGAAAUAAAGAAAAAUUAGCUAAAUUUUAUAAAAUGGCAAACUAUUUUAUUUAUCCAAUGAAAUUAAACAAUAGUUUUGUUAAUUUUAUUUAUUAGGUUAAUAGAAAUUAGGAUUUCGUAUAAAUUUUUUCUCCUAUGAGGCUGAGAACUAUAUCAAAACACAUCAAAUUAGCAUUACAUAGUUUAAAGUGAAAAUAAAACCAUUCUUCAAGGAAUAAAGCUUUGUUCUAUCCUAAGUUUGAAAUGCUUUCCAGUUUAUUAGUUUCAGUUGAAGUUAAUCAAAGCUGAAAUCUUAAUUUGAAUUUAUAUGAAUAAGAUUAAAAAAGUUAUUUUAUUGCUGUCACUACAUAAUACAUUAUUGCUGUCACUACAUAGUCAUCCCAACUGCUCUUUUAGAUAAAAGAAAAAUCUAAAUUUAGCAUCAUACUUAUUUUUAAUCAGCAUUAAUAUAAAUAUAGUUUUGCUUCAGUUUUCAUUAGCUUAAUGCUUUUAUUUUCUAAAAGAAAAAGUUAUAGAAAAUUGAGAUAUUGAAUUGUCUCAGCCAAAAUGCAACAGGUUUUGUAUGGCUUUUACUGAAAGGUACAUUUUUAGUAAUGCAUGUAAUACUUUAUCAAAGAUAUGCAAAUAUUAAUAAAUUGUAUCAUUAAUAAACUUAUAAAAUUUUUUGCUGUUAAAGUGUAAAAUGUAUUUUUUAAACAAAUUAAAACAUUCAUUCUGAAUUAUUAUUAAUACUUAGUAUAUUAAUUCAUAUAUUAAAUUUUUAUAUAUAUUUGUUGAUUCUUUUCUGUGAAAAUGAUUUUAAUGUAUUCUUUUAAAAAGACUACUGAAUAUUUCCUAAAAAGUGAUAGAAUGGCUGUGUCAUUAUUAGCAUUUAUUUUGAAAGCACAGGAUCUUUCUAUUUACCGUUAUGUAUUAAUAAUAAAAGUGUUUAUAUUUUUGGCUCUUCAAAGUUGAAUUGCUUAGAUGGAAAGGUGGAAAUAUCCUCUUAAUGUCACUUGUGUAAAAUCUUAUACCAUUGCAAAAUUUGUUAUGUUUUACGUAGACUCAUAGGUAAUAUGAAAAGCUUACAUAGGCUCAAAUAUUUAAAGUAUUACUUUUUAAAUUUUAUAUUUUUCUAAUAAACUUUGUUUAUAUACA